AUGUCCAGCAAGCUCCCGUCCGAAUCAGCCAUUCAAGUCAUGAAAUACAAUGAUCUGCGCAAGGAGUGUCGUUUGGCUGGUGUGGACACUACCGGAAAAUCUGGAGCUCUCCGUGAUCGCCUUGUGAAAUUGUGGAAGAACAAACGAGCGGAAGAAGCCGACAAGAAAGACUCCGCAAGACGCCUCCGACACAAGAGAGAGCGCGAAGAUGAGACUAGUGGUGGUGGCGGAAACAACAAUGGAAAUAGCGCUUCCAAGCGUUUCAAGAAAUCCGCGGCAGAUGAUUUGAUCUGUCCCAUCACUCGAGAUUUGCCAUGGGAACCUGUCACCGCGGAGGACGGACGUGUCUAUGAACGAUCGGCCAUUGAACAGUAUGUGAAACAGCAAAAAUCUGCGGGUCAACCCAUCAAAUCACCCGUCACCAACGAGCCCAUUGGGGAACGGCUUGUGCCACUACACCAGCACCGAAGCUUGAUUGAAACUCUAAUUGAGAGUCAAGUCAUUGAUGGAGACCUUGCCGCCUCUUGGAACAAACGAGUUGAUGAAGCCAAGAAGAUGCAACAACUCCUGGACCGGGCCCGUGGUGGCGACAAGAAGGCUAUGUUUGAUCUAGGAUAUUACUACAAGAAGGGUCUCAAUGGUUUCAAACAGGACCUCGAGCAGGCAUUCUCGUGGUAUCAACGAGCUCACGAGGCUGGGUGUGUUCGCUCAACGGCGUGCCUCGGUUUUGCCUAUUUCUACGGAAGAGGCGUACCCAAGGACCAAAAGACCGGGAUCAUGUUCAUCACCAUGGCUGCCGCUCAAGGUUCUGACUUUGGUGCCUAUGAGCUUGGAAUGAAGUUGGCUAUAGGACGAGGGCUCCCUGUCAACAAGAAAGAAGCAAUCCGCUGGCUCCGAACGUGUCUCAGUGGCAGCUGUCAGCACCAGCACUUGACGCAAAUGGGAAAGGAUGAAGCUCGGAGCAAGCUCAAUGACCUCUUGAACACUGCGUCUGCUGUAGAAAUUAGUGAUUGA